AUGGACUUCAUCCGCACCACGACUUUGGGUCAGGUCCUUCACCAUGCCUCUGGUCGCCGCUGGCUCAGAAAUGCUGAUGAGUCCGAUGUCUCUAUCUUAGCGACAUAUGUCGAUCGAGAAGCGUCGAAAAACCUGGCCAGAUGGGGCUCGAUCAGUAGCAGACACGACCUCCCCUAUACUGAUGGAACUUCCUCUUUUUAUGAAGAGCCGAGAAUCAACAUCGCAAGUGGUGCAAUCAUACAUGAAAAACAUGGCAAGGACAUUUUCUUGGUGAAAUUUACAGAACAAGAUUCUGAAAAUCCUCGGAAUUGGUCCACUCGCAAGAGGGCCUUCGUAACGGCGGUAAUAUGUUUCUACACAACCUCAGUAUAUAUCGGCUCUUCACUGUGGUCUUCCAUGGUUCACAGCGUCGUCGAGGAAUUUUCGGUAGCUCAGGUAAUCGCUCAGCUCGGCACAUCGUUGUUUUUGCUCGGUCUAGGAAUUGGUCCCAUGUUUUUCAGCCCCCUCGCUGAGAUCCCGCGCAUCGGCAUGAACAACAUAUAUCUGCUCACCAAUUUGCUUUUCGUCCUGUGCCAGUUGCCGAUCUUACACAGCAACAAUCUCAGCACCAUGCUCGUCUUUCGCUUCAUUACUGGUAUACUGGCGAGUCCUUGUUUGGCACAGGGAGGUGCAUCGAUUAAAGCCAUGUACAGUGCUCGUGAUAUGGGCAUUCCGAUGGCGAUAUGGGAUACUGCUACAGCUGUUGCGACAUUUUCUGGUCCUAUCAUGGGCAACUACGCAGCAGAGUAUAGAGGUUAUCUCUGGCCUAUGUGGAUCUCCUUUUGGUUCUCCGCCGCCGGCCUGCUUUCCAUCGUUUCCUUUUUACCCGAAACUAGUCCUGACAACAUCCUCUACAGACGUGCACGCCGAUUACGGGUUUUGACCGGUAACAAUAAAUUCGUCAGCACAUCAGAGUUGGCAAAUUCAAACAGCACAUUCGCAAGUAUUGCAAAGGACAGUCUUAUCAAGCCUCUUUCCAUAAGCUUCAAAGAACCGGUCGUACUAGUAUUGAACUCAUAUUUGGCCCUGGUAUACUCUCUGCUUUUUGCAGCUCUGGAAUCUUAUUCGGUCAUUUUCAUCGACAUCUAUGGAUUCAGUCCUCCCCACGAAGGUCUUACGUUUCUGGGAGGACUGACCGGGUCUCUCCUCGCAUUGGCCGUCUACGCCGUUUUCUACCACUUCUACCAACAGAAAUUGUUCAGCUCAGACGACAAAAUCAAGCCCGAAGAGCGCCUUUUGCCUGCGUUCGUGUCAGCUUUCUUGGUUCCUAUUGGACUGCUGUGGUUCGGGUGGAGCGCGAGACCAGAUGUGCAUUGGAUCAUGCCAGUCAUUGGAGGAGCAUUCAUCGGGCCUUCGAGUGCGGGCCUCUUCUUCGCGAUCAUGAACUAUUUACCUGAUGCAUACCCUACUGUAUCUUCUUCGGUUCUUGCAGGUAUGGACGACCCGCAUUUCCUCACUUCCUUCUCACUUCUACUUUGUGCUAACUUGAUUUUCUUUGUCAUAGGCAACAGCCUCAUGAGAUCUGUACCAGCUGCAGCUCUUCCACUCUUCAUCACACCAAUGUACAAAGGCUUAGGUCCUGGGUGGGCAAGUACUGUCUGGGCGGUGCUGGGUUGUCUAUUUGCGCCUGCGCCGUUUCUACUGUAUCGGUAUGGUGGUAGAAUACGUCUUAAGAGUCCACGGGCUCGGCAUGACUUUUAG